GGCGCACGCGCAGGCGCACCACCAGCCCGCCGAAGCUCCCAGACUGCGCACGCGCGCCCGCCGUGUGGCGGUCGCCAUGGAGACGCGUGGCCCUGGUCAAGCAGCCGGCGCCGGGAGCCGCGGGCUGGGCUGCAGCGGGUCUUGGGCUGACCCACGCGCCGUUGGCGGCCCCGCUGGGGCGGAUGGACGGCCUCCGUGGGGCCAGGGCGUCGCGGUACGGCGAGGAGGAUGAGGAUGAGGAAGAGGAGCUGGAGGGCGGCCCCGUGGGCCCGAAGGAGUCCAGACUGCCUCCCAUCUCCAGCUGCGCCCCAGAGCCCAAACGGAAGGGGAAGAAGAAAAAGAAGAAGAGAAAGACGGAGGGAUCGGGCAAGGGGGACGACAGACAUCAGAGCCGGAGCCUGAAGAGCCAGCAGCUGACGUCCCCUCUUCACGAGGUCCUGAGUCCCAGCAAGGAUCACGGCCCCAGGCCGGAGCACAGGCAGGACAGGGAGCCGGGCAAGCUCGUCCCCUCCGUCGCCUCCUCCGCCAGCCUCCCGGGCUUCGCCAAGUCCGAGGAGAAACCCCCCAGCAAGGUCAACGAGAGCCUGCGCUGGGAUGGCAUCCUCGCCGACCCCGAGGCCGAGAAGGAACGGAUCCGCAUCUACAAGCUGAACCGCAGGAAGCGGUACCGGAUCGUGGCCCUCAAGGGCAUCCUCUCUGAGCCCGGUGCCCAGGAGAAGCCCGAGAGCCCCGCCUGCCCCUCGGACCCCGGGGAGGACAGCGCCCCGGGCCCCGAGCUCCGCCCGCCGGCCCCCGCCGGCCCCGCCGAGGGCGGGGCGGGAAGCCUGGCCCCCGCGCUGCCCGAGUGAACCCGCCCUCCAGACCCACACGCCACCCUAUAUUCUUACCGCGAGUUUGUGUGUUAGAGAGAGGGCGGGAAUAAAGGAAA